UGGUAGGUAAGUUUGGUACCUAUUUCUAAUGAAAGGCGAUAAGCCGUUUGUCAAAUGCUCGUAUUAACGACAAUUCUCUUCGAAGGAGAUAGUUAUUCACCAACUUCUCAUUCCAGAUAGCUUCAGAUCACUAUAUUUUGUGAAAUUAAUUCCAUGAAAACGGACUCGAAUACCAGGGUUAUCAACAACAAUGAAAAAUUUGGUAGGUAAGUUGUAUUUUCCACCCUUGUUGGUUCCAUCUUGUAUGUGUUGGACACUUCAAUAUCUUCUUCCCAAGGACCAAGACCCCAACUUUCCCUCCAAACCAACUUUCCCAAGGACCUAAAACCCUUAAAACCCUGCCCCCUUUUUGUUAUCUCAUAUACUCUAUCAUCACUUGCACUCAAUUUCCCAUGAAAUCAUACCUACAAAUAGUCUUUACGUGAAAAAUUUCAGCCCCAAAAUCCUAAAAAAACUCAACACAUACAUGUUACCAUUAUCAAGAAUGAAAUCAGUCCUUUCCCCAGUACUUUCAAGACCCACCACCAUGUUUGUAUGCAGGAGAUAUGGGGUUCUUAGUACAUUCAAGAACCCUAAUUCUGUUCAAACAAUAAACCCCAGGAGUAAAGUUUCUCCCUUUAGGUGUUCUACUGUGCAAAACCAUAAUCAAAUUCGGGUCUUGAAUAGUGAGGCAUCGGGUCCGGGUUCGGGUUCUGGUGAGGUUCAUGUGAUUGUGGGUCCUAUGUUUGCUGGGAAAACUACUACUCUUUUGAAGAGGAUUAAGUCUGAAAGAAGCAAUGGCAGUUUUCAGGCGAAUGGCGUAAAGAAUUCCCUCUAUUUGGAUGAGACAAUAAAAGGUCUCUGUUUCUCAGGAAGGGUGGCUGAAGCAGUUGGAAUAUUGUGCCGCUCUGGUGUACAGGUGGAGGCAGAAACUUAUUCCCUUGUUUUGCAAGAGUGCAUUUUCCGCCAAGCUUAUAAGAAAGGGAAAAGAGUCCAUUGGCAAAUGAUUACUGUCAGCUUUGUUCCAAAUGAGUAUCUGAGUAUUAAGUUGUUAAUUUUGUAUGCCAAAGCAGGAGACUUGGAUACAUCACACAUUAUAUUUGAUAAGUUGCAAUUCAAAACCCUGGUUUCAUGGAACGCUAUGAUUGCUGGGUAUGUGCAGAAGGGCAUGGAGGAAGUAGGCCUGAGUCUGUACCAUGAUAUGAAACAGAGAGAUGUACUUCCAGACCAGUAUACCUUUUCAUCAGUUUUUAGAGCCUGUGCCUCUUUAGCUGUCCUGGACCAGGGCAAGCAAGCACAUGCUUUGUUGAUUAAAAGCCAAAUUAGUGGAAAUAUUGUAGUUAAUAGUGCGCUUAUGGACAUGUAUUUCAAGUGUAGUUCUCCAUCUGAUGGCUAUCUUGUGUUUAGUAAGUCCUUGGAAAGGAAUGUGAUAACAUGGACUGCUCUGAUAUCAGGGUAUGGACAAAAUGGAAGAAUAAAAGAUGUUUUGGAAUCAUUUCAUAGGAUGAUAGAUGAAGGAUAUAGGCCAAACCAUGUUACUUUUCUUGCAGUUCUUUCUGCUUGUAGCCACAGAGGUCUGGUAGAUAGAGGUAAGGAGUAUUUUUCAUCUAUGAUGAGAGAUUAUGGGCUUCAACCAAGAGGAAAACACUAUGCAGCUAUAGUGGAUCUUCUAGGCCGUGCUGGAAGAUUACAAGAGGCUCAUGAGUUUGUCAAAAACUCACGUUGUGUAGAGCACCCAGUAUUAUGGGGCGCCUUACUUGGGGCUUGUAAGAUUCAUGGUGACAUUGAGAUGGUAAAACUUGCUGCUAGAAAUUUCUUCGACUUGGAGCCUGAGAAUGCAGGCAAAUAUGUUGUCUUGUCUAAUGCUUAUGCUUCUUUUGGUUUGUGGAACAAUGUUGCGGAGAUAAGGAGACUGAUGAAGGGCUCUGGGGUGAAAAAGGAGCCUGGUUAUAGUAUGAUUGAGGUUCAAAGACAAGCACAUUUCUUCUUUAUGGAGCAUAAUGCUCAUGAGCAGACUAAUGAGAUAUAUAAAUUGGUCAAAGAUAUGGCAGGUAUCUUAAAAGACGCUGGGGAUGUUCAAGAUUUACUGAGUUAAAGGGGAAGACAAACGACAAUAUAGAAGUGUAGCAAUUAUAAAGUCGGACAAGGAUACAAGAUAUGGGUUGGAUUCCAUUGUGACACAUGAUGGGGAUAGAUUGCCAUGCUGGCCUUUAGCUAAUCUGUCGUCAUUCAAACAGAGAUGUGGUUCUGAUGCUUACAGUAAGGUAACGCUAUAACGGGAAAAUGUUGAGAUGUGAAUAUAUUAGAUAAUCAUUGUAGGACCUUCUCAACGUGUAGUUAAGAGUGCUAGCAGCCUAGCAGUGUUAGCAACAGAAAAUAUUCUCCUAAAUAUGGGGCAAAGAAUAUUUUUGAGUGCAUUCUUCCGAAAUUUUUUAAUUCGAAGGGUAGAAUUUUAAUUCUUGAAAAGUUGGGGACUCCACCCCUCCAAAUAUACCCCUAGGUGUGAGGGGAAAUGAUAUAAUCAUGAAGCACUCUUUUGUAAGUUGGUCUCUGAACUUUCUUUGCUAAUAUGCACUCUUUUGUAAGUUGGUCACUGAACUUUGCUAGUAUGUAACAAUAACGUAUUAUGACUUUUAUCAUCAUUCAUUUUUCUUUGUAUGUGUGACUACCCUUUUUGGGACUGUUACGUGG